AAAAACAAAAAUACCGCAAAAAUGGAACCCUACCCUACUCCUGAGUGAGAGAGAGAGAGAGAGAGUCAGUUGCAGAAGCCAUGACUGCAUCUUCAGCUUCACCGCCUCCAUCGGCAGCCACAGAUACCUCUGCAAAUGACAACAUUCAGCCUUUUUAUCUUCUUCACAAAGCAUCAUCAUCGAAAAAUUCCAGUCGAAAAUCGGCGGCAGCCAGGAGGAUCGAUCUCUCUCCGUCAAAACCCUCCAACAACUCCCAAUUUGACUCCCACAAAGCUUUUCAUUCUGUUUGGUCCAAAAUCGAUUCUUCUAUCAAGGGUGUUUUGAGGGAUGUGAAUAAUAAUGUAUUCAACGAAAUACAUACUUGGGUUCGACAAUCUUUCCUUGAGAUUACGUCAUCUGGUUUGCCUAGCUUUGCGGAAGCAACUCGGUCUCUUCCGAUUCUAAACCAUGCUACUUCUAAGCAACUCUUUACUGGGCUUGUUCUUAUUAAGAAUAUGGAGUUUGUGGAUGAUUUAUUGACAUUUGAAGAACUUGGUGUGUGCUUGAAAUCUCACGGGUGCCACGUAGCUAAUUUGUCCUCACGGGACUUCUCUACCAAGAAUGGGGUUGGUGGUUGUCUGAGAAGUCUGUUGAGACAGUUUCUAAUGGUUGCUUUGGAUGCAGCUGACAUCUCCAUCCUAGCAUCAUGGUAUAGAGAACACGGUAACCAUGAUUAUCCGGUGGUUAUAAUUAUAGAUGAUAUGGAACGGUGUUCUCGAUCCGUUUUGUCAGAUUUCAUCCUUAUGUUGAGCGAAUGGGUUGUUAAGAUCCCAAUUAUUUUAAUUAUGGGAAUCACAACACUAGAUGCUCCAAGAAUCGUACUUCCUUCACAUGUGCUCCAGCAGUUAUGCCCAAGUAAGUUCAUUUUGGCAUCACCUGCUGAGAGAAUGAACGCAGUUGUUGAGGCUACUCUUGUUAGGUGGUGUUCUGGUUUCAGUAUUGGUCACAAGGUUGCAGUUUUCUUGAGAAACUAUUUCUUAAAUCAUGAUGGAACGUUGACAUCUUUCAUUAGAGCACUGAAGAUAGCAUGUGUCCAGCAUUUCUCCAUGGAGCCUUUGAGCUCCAAUCUUGGUUUACUUGCCGAAGAAGACAGCAACGAUGAGGGUGAGGGACCUGAUUUUUCGUCAGGAAUGGUUGCACAAAUUGAAAGCAAUUUGGCUUGCGGUUUGACAGAGUUGAAGCGUUCACAGAAGUGUUGGGGCACUGUGGUUAUGUGCCUUUAUGAAGCUGGAAAGUACAACAAAGUCCAUCUCCUAGACUUAUUAUGUGAGGCACUUGAUCCAAAUAUUUACAAUGCCGUCGCCUCUGGUACUCACACUAGGUCAGGGAAAGGUUUUGACAUAACCUCUUCAAGCAAUCAAUCUGUGGCUCAACAAUAUUGGCGAAAGGGUGGUCCUAUUUCUCAGGUGAUUCAAAAAGUGAGGGAUCUUCCAGCGGCAUCACUAUCUCAGUUGCUUAAGAGUUGGGAAAAUCUCACUAUGGAUAUUCUUGAGAUCCAUGACAAAGUGAAGGAGCUGCACCCCAUGAUUAAAAUGGAAGACGGAAUGAGUUUGAAACAGGAUUUUACAGGCCUUUCCAAGAGACACACAUCUCGGACUGCUGCCUAUAUUAAGGAGUCGAAGACGGGAAAUGAAAAAGCUGCUAACCUAAUAACUAGCAUGAUUAGCAAGUUUAUGAAACCCAUCGAGUGCAUUCCUUUUCAUGAAGUUGUUUGCUUUAAAGAUGUUGAAAAACUUCAAUUGGCUUUGAAUGGAGACCCAAGAAGAAGGAUUCAAGUUGAUCUAUUAGAAUUCCACAAAUUUCUGCAGUGUAAGUGCUGCAACAGGACUGGCAAUGUUCCAAUACCAUCCAUGCCUGAUACCUCAAUCAUGUACACACUAGCUCAGGAACAUGGCGAUCUUAUCAGUCUUCAUGAUUGGUACCAAUGUUUCAAAUCAGUCGUGACUAACCCUAGUAUCAAAGUGAAACACAAAGGGAAGCAGCAGUCACCACUUCGAAAGAAAAGAAAAGAAACAAAUGAAAACGAAAACAAGAGUGAAUCGUCAAUACAAGCACGAUUUUGCAAAGCAGUAACAGAAAUGCAGAUCACAGGGCUGAUUCGUAUGCCCACCAAAAGACGCCCCGACUGUGUACAAAGAGUGGCCUUUGGGCUAUAAACAAAUCGAGCAAGUUUGAAUUUUUCUCUUUAUUUACUUGUUAUAUUUCUUAUUGAGGAAUUAUGUAAAUUGUAUUCUUGAUUCCACCCUAACUCGUAUAUUUAUUUAUAAGUAUCACAAUUAAUGGAGCCCAUUACUUUUAUAUAGUAUAGUUUUUCAGUUAUC